AUGGCACAGGCCCCCCGGAGCGAGGGAGCCCAGACGGGAGCCAGCCCUGCCCAGGCAACAGCAAGAGGCCUCCAGCUGGACGAGACCCUGAGGCAGAUGCAGCAGGGGAGUCAGAGCUGGAAGAAGCCGCGGUACUUCAAGCUGCAGGACGACUGCAUGACUGUCUGGCACCAGUCUUCUUGCACUUGUGAGGCCAAGUAUACCUUCUCUCUGAGCGAGGUGGAGGCGGUGCGGGAGGGGCACCAGUCGGAGGUGCUGCAGGGCCUGGCAGAGGAGUUCCCGCCCGAGUGCUGCUUCACUGUCGUCUUCCACGGGCGCCGCGGGCACCUGGACCUGGUCGCCGGCUCCCCGCAGGAGGCGCAGUGCUGGGUCCGGGGCCUCCGGCGCCUGCUCGACUUCGUCACCAGCAUGGACCAGCAGGAGAAAACGGAUCAGUGGAUCCGGGACUGGUUCCAGAAGGCCGAUAAGAACAGGGACGGGCGCAUGAGCUUCCCGGAGGCACGGCAGCUCCUCAGGCUGAUGAACAUGGACAUGAAUGAGGACCACGCGCGCCGGAUCUUCCAGGAGGCCGACCGGUCGGAGUCGGAGACGCUGGAGGACGAGGAGUUCGUGCUGUUCUACACGGCGCUGACGCAGCGAGGCGAGGUGCUGCGCAUCUUCCAGGAGUUCUCGGAGGCGGGGAAGAAGUUGACCCUGCUGGAGUUUGCGGAUUUCCUGCAGCAGGAGCAGCAGGAGACGGAGAACGCCAAGGAGCUGGCCAUGCAGCUGAUAGACAGAUAUGAGCCAUCCGAGACCGCCAAGGUGCGCCACAUGCUGACCAUCGACGGCUUCCUCCUCUACCUGCUCUCGCCAGACGGCGACAUCUUCGACCCUGCUCACGAGUCGCUUUGCCAGGACAUGACUCAGCCCCUCUGCCACUACUUCAUCUCCUCCUCGCACAACACCUACCUCCUGGCGGACCAGCUCCAGGGCCAAAGCAGCAUCGAGGGCUACAUCAGGGCUCUCGAGCGGCGCUGCCGCUGCGUGGAGGUGGACUGCUGGGACGGGCGCGGCGGGGAGCCCGUUGUGUGCCACGGCCACACGCUCACCUCCCAGAUCUCCUUCCAGGACGUGGUGGCCGCCCUGGGGCAAUACGCCUUCCAGGUCAACGCGCUGUCCGACUGGGUCGUGUACUGCCGCAGCGUCCCCUUCCGCAGCUUUCCGCCAGGCCCGCGCCGCAAUGGCCUCUCUGUCCGAGCCCAGAGCCAGGAAACUGACAAAGGAGGCUGCCCGCGUUUCCUGAGGGAUGAGGGAACCCCCUUCGACCCUGCCGAUUCCCGGAGCUGGGCCGGGGGCGGCCCCUGGAGCCUGGAGAUUCAGGUACCCCAGCCUCCGGAGGGCAGAACCGUGCUGCCCAAGGGCCUUUCAUUCCCGGAGCUGGGCCGGGGGCGGCCCCUGGAGCCUGGAGAUUCAGGCUUCAACCCCAGCUGGGAGGAGACGCUGCAGUUCACAGUGCGCGUCCCCGAACUGGCCCUCGUGCGCUUCGUGGUGGAGGAUUAUGACAGGAUGUCCAGGAACGACUUCAUGGGCUUCAACCCCAGCUGGGAGGAGACGCUGCAGUUCACAGUGCGCGUCCCCGAACUGGCCCUCGUGCGCUUCGUGGUGGAGGAUUAUGACAGGAUGUCCAGGAACGACUUCAUGGGCCAGUUCACCCUGCCGUUCACGAGCAUCAGAGCAGGGUACCGGCACAUCCACCUCCUCUCCAGGGACGGCACGGCCAUGCCGCCCUCCUCGCUCUUUGUUCACAUCAAGAUCACGGAGCUUCCCGAGCCCGAGUAGCAGCCGAGUGGGUCGCGCUAGCCUCCUGCCCUCUGCCCCGCCUGGGACGGGCCCUGUCCCGACAGCUGCUGGAGAGAAGCCGCCCGGCCCUGCCCGCCCCCUGCCAGGAGGCGGCUGGAGAAGCAGCUGCUUCGCACGACGCUUCUUUUCUUUUUGCCCCGUCUGUAGCCUUGGGGCUGCCGCUAUUUCGGCCCUGACUUGAGCCGGCUGGGAGACAGGAGCCUGUUCCUUGUCAAGCGGCUCCCACCUGACCUCUGCCCCGCUCUGCGCGAGGCUGCGGGUGGCCGUGGGGCCUGGCCACCGGGAGGGAGGCUCAGGGGAGUUUGCACGUCCCACGCAGUAGCACCCGGCACUAGAAGAAGCCCAGCCCCAGCUCCGCAGCUAGGAUCAGGCCAGCUCUGGUUUCCAGCACCUCCCCUCUCCCACCUCCAGCGGCCCUGUCCAUGUUCCUUGGCUUGCAAUAUCCUCACACAGGGAUCGGGGCCUCUCUGCCAGGCGCUGCCUAGACCCCAAAAAGGCCCCUGCCCCAGAGAGCGUCCAAUGGGAGGAAAGGACACGAGCCACCUGGGGCAGACGGGUGGGGGGGAAGAGCUCAAGGAAAGCAGGUGCUUGGCCGGAUGGGUGGGGUCAGGGCCCCAGAUGCCAGCCAUUGAUUGUCCCCGGUAGAGCAAGGGCGGAGCUGGCAGCCACCCCCCCGGGGCAUGGGCAGCUGAUCUCAGUUUUGGGGGGGGGUACUCGGUGCACCAGGUGUGUGUAGCCUUCUCUGGGGAAGCGGCAGAGCAGGGCCUGGCCAGCAGGGAAUAGCCUCCGUGUCCAUCAGCUGGGGACGUCCUGAGGUCCCCUGUGGUCCAAUUCUCCCUCAUGCUUGAAGCUGGGGUUGGGGACGGGGCUGCACCCGCCCCACCGCUCUACGAACGGCCCCCGCCUGCAGGGCUGGCACUGAGCCGGCUGGGGGGGGGAGCUCUUUUCUGUCCCUUUUGGCGCUUGUCCUGUUCUCUUCCCUUGCUGCUGCCCGGUGCCCCAGGAAGACGCAACGUGCCUCCCGCCGCAUGCAGAGCCCUACGGCCACAGCCACCCUCCCCCCAUCUCCGCACACGUCCCGGGCUGCGUGUGGAAGGGAACAGCGGCAGGGCUCAGGGCAUUUUUGAAAUUCAUAACGUGCAGAGGCCCUGAGGUGCCAGGCCCAGUGUUGCUGGGGGCACCAACCUGCCCUGCCCAGAGGCACGUGCCCGGGGCUCACUCAUGACACACAUUAAGCCCUGCACACCACCAGCAAUAUGUAUCCAGGGAGCCCUCUGCCAGGCCUGCAGCUCCAGUCUUGUUCCUCCCCACCAUGCCUGCAAGAACCAGCCCCGGCAGGAUGUGGGGGUGACAAGAAGUCCACCAGCAUGUGGACAAGGGCGAUCCAGGGGAUAGCGCGUACUCAGCCCUUCAGAAAGCCUUUGACGGGCUCUGAGGUGAAGCAAGCUGCCAUGGGAUCGGAGGGAGGGUUUCCGCGUUAGCAGCUCGUUAAAAGACAGAAAACGAAGGGGAGGGGCAGGUUCAGCACAUUCAUAAAGGCUCAGGAAAAGGGGGUCAACAGAGAGUCAGCAAACUUUGCAGACGAGGCGAAAUUGUUCAAGAUAAGUAAGUUCAACGCUAAUGGCAGAGCGUUCCAAAGGGAUCUCACCACACUGGGCGACUGGGCAGGACCAUGGCGAGUGAAAUCCAGCGUCGCUAAACACACGGCAGUGCGCAGUGGGAAGAAUAAUCCGCACUGACAGAAAAGGAGGUCUACGCUAUCCGCUGGGAAAGGGCUGGGAGUCAGAGGAGAGUUCCCCGAAAGUGUCCCCUCAGGCUGCUUUGACGGCAGAGAGGACGCUAGUGCAGCGCUCGUUAGCGUUUGUCACGC